AUGUCCGCUGCAAUGAUCCUCCGACGAAGUUCCACCCUGAGCCGUCCACCCCUUCUCCGCCCCGCUUAUGCGGCCAGAGUGUGUUACUACCACCCGCCUGAAGUACACAGCAAUAAAGACGAGGAGUUCUUCAUCACAGCUUCCUUCCCCGAUGACUUCGAGGCCCCCAGUCUCGUCAAGAAACGCGACCCACAGGGACAGAGUCUGGGCCAUUGGGACGAGUUCCACGCGACGUCCAGUGAGGUCUCGGUCAAGGCCGACCGGGGCGAUAUCCACAUCCACCAGCAACAGCAGCAGUGGAGUCGGGAUCUGGACAGAAGGCUCCAGGAAGCAGAGGAGCCAAAGAUUGAUGAGAUGUGA